UGAGGCAGCACUUUAAACCCAGAUAGUCGGUCGGCUAACUGCCCAGCAGGAUGCCAUCAACCAGCCGAGCGGGCAGCCUGAAGGACCCAGAAAUUGCAGAGCUCUUCUUCAAAGAAGAUCCAGAAAAGCUCUUCACAGAUCUCCGAGAGAUUGGCCAUGGAAGCUUCGGAGCAGUUUAUUUUGCACGUGAUGUGCGCACCAAUGAAGUGGUGGCCAUCAAGAAAAUGUCAUACAGUGGGAAGCAGUCCAAUGAGAAAUGGCAGGAUAUUAUUAAGGAAGUCAAGUUCCUCCAAAGAAUAAAACACCCUAACAGUAUAGAAUACAAAGGCUGCUAUUUGCGGGAGCAUACAGCAUGGCUUGUUAUGGAAUAUUGUUUAGGAUCAGCAUCAGACUUACUAGAAGUUCAUAAAAAGCCAUUGCAAGAAGUGGAAAUAGCAGCAAUUACCCAUGGUGCUCUCCAGGGAUUAGCAUACCUGCAUUCUCACAAUAUGAUCCAUAGAGAUAUCAAGGCAGGAAACAUCCUGCUGACAGAGCCAGGACAGGUGAAACUUGCUGACUUUGGGUCUGCUUCCAUAGCAUCUCCUGCCAACUCAUUUGUGGGGACGCCAUAUUGGAUGGCCCCAGAAGUGAUUUUAGCCAUGGAUGAAGGGCAGUAUGAUGGCAAAGUAGAUGUUUGGUCUCUUGGAAUUACCUGUAUUGAGUUAGCGGAAAGGAAGCCUCCUUUGUUUAAUAUGAACGCAAUGAGUGCCUUAUAUCACAUAGCGCAGAAUGAAUCCCCUACACUACAGUCUAAUGAAUGGUCUGAUUAUUUUCGAAACUUCGUAGAUUCUUGCCUCCAGAAAAUUCCUCAAGACAGGCCUACAUCAGAGGAGCUUCUGAAGCACAUGUUUGUUCUUCGGGAGCGGCCCGAAACAGUGUUAAUAGACUUGAUUCAGAGAACAAAGGAUGCAGUGAGAGAACUGGACAACCUGCAGUAUCGUAAAAUGAAGAAGCUCCUCUUCCAGGAGGCGCACAAUGGCCCUGCAGUCGAAACACAGGAGGAGGAGGAGGAACAAGAUCACGGUGUUGGCAGGACAGGAACAGUGAAUAGUGUCGGAAGCAAUCAGUCCAUUCCUAGUAUGUCUAUCAGUGCCAGUAGCCAAAGCAGUAGUGUUAACAGUCUUCCAGAUGCCUCAGAUGAUAAGAGCGAGCUCGAUAUGAUGGAGGGGGACCACACCGUGAUGUCAAAUAGCUCUGUCAUUCAUUUAAAACCGACCAAAAUAAAAACCUGUAGUAACACAGGUUCUCUUUAUUCUCUCACAUUAAUAUUUGCUGAUAAGGAGGAAGAAAACUACAGAGAGGAAUCAGAUCCUCGAACAAGGGCAUCAGAACCCCAGUCUCCUCCCCAAGUAUCUCGCCACAAGUCUCAUUAUCGCAACCGAGAGCACUUUGCUACUAUACGCACAGCAUCGCUGGUGACAAGGCAAAUGCAGGAACACGAACAAGACUCUGAACUCCGAGAGCAGAUGUCUGGCUAUAAACGUAUGAGACGGCAACACCAGAAGCAACUGAUGGCAUUAGAGAAUAAACUGAAGGCAGAGAUGGACGAGCAUCGCCUCAGGUUGGACAAAGAUCUCGAAACACAGCGUAACAAUUUUGCUGCAGAAAUGGAAAAGCUAAUUAAAAAACACCAAGCAGCCAUGGAAAAAGAGGCUAAAGUGAUGGCCAAUGAAGAAAAGAAGUUUCAACAGCAUAUUCAGGCCCAACAGAAAAAAGAAUUGAACAGUUUCCUGGAGUCCCAGAAGAGAGAAUAUAAACUCCGUAAAGAGCAGCUGAAAGAGGAGCUGAAUGAAAACCAGAGCACUCCAAAGAAGGAGAAGCAGGAGUGGCUCUCCAAGCAGAAGGAAAACAUCCAGCAUUUCCAGGCAGAGGAAGAAGCCAACUUACUGAGGCGUCAGAGGCAGUACUUGGAGCUGGAGUGUCGCCGCUUUAAGAGACGGAUGCUCCUUGGCCGCCAUAAUCUGGAACAGGACCUGGUUCGGGAGGAGUUAAACAAAAGGCAGACACAGAAGGACCUGGAGCAUGCCAUGCUGCUGCGUCAGCACGAGUCCAUGCAGGAACUGGAGUUCCGCCAUCUCAGUACCAUCCAGAAGAUGCGCUGUGAGCUGAUCCGACUCCAGCACCAGACCGAGCUCACCAACCAGCUGGAAUACAACAAGCGCCGGGAGCGGGAGCUGAGGCGUAAGCACGUCAUGGAGGUCCGGCAGCAGCCCAAGAGCCUGAAGUCAAAAGAACUACAGAUAAAGAAGCAGUUUCAGGAUACAUGCAAGAUCCAAACCAGGCAGUACAAAGCACUGAGAAACCAUCUGCUGGAGACCACGCCAAAGAGUGAACAUAAAGCUGUCCUCAAACGGCUCAAGGAGGAGCAGACCCGGAAGCUGGCUAUCCUGGCUGAGCAGUAUGAUCACAGCAUUAAUGAAAUGCUCUCUACACAAGCUCUGCGUUUGGAUGAAGCACAGGAAGCAGAGUGCCAGGUUUUGAAGAUGCAGCUGCAGCAAGAAUUGGAGCUGCUGAAUGCAUAUCAGAGUAAAAUCAAGAUGCAGGCAGAAGCCCAGCAUGAUCGGGAGCUGCGUGAUCUUGAACAGAGGGUAUCCCUCCGUCGGGCCCUCCUUGAGCAGAAGAUUGAAGAGGAGAUGCUGGCGUUGCAGAACGAGCGUACCGAACGGAUACGAAGCCUGCUGGAGCGUCAAGCUCGCGAGAUCGAAGCCUUUGACUCAGAAAGCAUGAGGCUAGGUUUUAGUAAUAUGGUUCUUUCUAAUCUCUCCCCCGAGGCGUUCAGCCACAGCUACCCGGGAGCUUCUGGCUGGUCCCACAAUCCUACUGGGGGUGCAGGACCUCACUGGGGUCAUCCCAUGGGUGGCCCACCGCAAGCUUGGGGCCAUCCAAUGCAAGGUGGACCCCAGCCAUGGGGUCACCCCUCGGGGCCCAUGCAGGGGGUACCUCGAAGUAGUGCUAUAGGGGUCCGCAACAGCCCCCAGGCUCUGAGGCGGACAGCUUCUGGGGGACGGACGGAACAGGGCAUGAGCAGGAGCACAAGUGUUACUUCACAAAUAUCCAAUGGUUCACACAUGUCUUAUACAUAACUUAAACAAUAACUGAGGGUGGCAAUUCCACUGGAGCUGUCUGCCAACAGAAACUGCCUACAGACACCAGCCCAGCAGCCUCCUCAGUGCGGUGCUGACGUGUGGAAGCUGGGUGCACAUGGAAUAUUGUAUUCAUUUUGUAAAGCAUUACGUUUUGUGUUUACUAACUGGGAUGUCAUAGUAUUUGGCUGCAGGGGUUGGGGGGGUGGUUUUUUGUGGGGUGUUUUUUUUUGUUGUUGUUGUUUUUUACUUUUUGGAGGGGUCUUGGGAGGGCGUCUGAGAAAUAUAUGCAAUUAGUCAGAAGAGUUGGCUGGUGGUUGUCACACUGACAGGACAGAAAGGCCUCAGGCUGCCCUCGUCACGCCAUCCAUAGGAAGUCUGAGGGAGAAUGGAGACCUCCUCCCAUGUCCAUAAAUUUCGAACUGCCACCCUGCAAAAAACAGGCGAGCUGCCUUUAAACCAACAUCUAGGGGAGGAACAGCUGGAUCUUCUGUUCCAUUUUUAUUUGUCAUUAAAGUGGAUGCAUUUCUAGGGUAUUGCCUCUGCCAAGAGGCAUUUUCAAAGACUUGUAGGUGAGGAAGAAGGGUGAGAAGAGAGGCCAAGAGACACCAGGGCUCAGCAGGGCCCUUCUACCCAAGUGCCCGCUCCGUGUCAUGUAAGAAGUGACGUUCUCUCAGAAGGUACUGGUCAGCUUCCCGAGAAGUGUGUAGAUAAAGCUGUUGGGAGGGAACAGACUAGAAAUGUUCAAGAUUGUAUUCCUGCUUUGGCACUCCCUGACUGUGCUGCUGGUAGCUCAGACGAGGUUGGGCAGAGGAGCGUAAGUAAUGCACUUGUACAGCUAAUACUGUGACAUCUCAUUUUAGCUAAGCAUCAGAAUAAUUCUUGGAGCCCAGCGUAGUCCUUUUUGCUCCAUUCAGAAAUGUUAGACUUUCAGCCAAUCAGUCUCAAAUGCCAGAGGUAUUUUGAAGGAUGCCAUAGUCACAAAAUGCCAUUGAUCGGGUUUUUUCAUUAUUACACUACAUCCACCAAUUUAUUACCUUUUUGGCUUGUUGCAAUUUCCUGUUUACAUGUAGAGUGUAGCCAACUGUUUAAAUGUUUAGUUGCCAGUGUAUCAGGAGGAGCUGAGCCAAUGACUCUUUCCCAGCUGAUGACUAACCCACAUCACCACUGUAGAUCUUGCUGCAUGUGAGGCUCCUUUUUAUUAUUUUUGUUGCUGCAAUACUUCACAACUUUUACAGUCCCUUGAGAUGCUGUGAUAUUUUGGCAGCAUAUCACACCAUGCGAGAAGGCACUACUUCCAGAGGCUCGUUGGAGCUGCUGUACUACUGAAAGGAAGCAAAGGAGGUUGUGAAAUCCAUACGGUGGUAAAGGGGUCAGGGAGUCUCAUUAACCAAAUGACUUUGUGGCAUCGUGUCAUCCCUUAGUGCUGGGAACUGGAGAUGCCCCCAUGCUCUUGUGCCAGUGCCAGGGCGGUCUGGGUCAGCCAGCACUGUGGGGCUAAGGGAAGAGCAGGUAGAUGAAGUUUGGCUUGAGGCAAAGAUUUCCGUCUUGGGGACUGACCAGCCAGGGUUCUUUGUAAAUGUUUUUCCUUGCACACUAAUCAUCUUGAAGAAAACACUAGCUGCUAACUCUAGGAUUUGCCUUUAAUAUGUUUAUAGGGCUCAACAGCAAGGUUUUCCGAAUGUGUUUGUCCAUGUGACAUAUUUAUAUAGUAAAUACUCUAGUGUCUCGCUGCUGUUCAGUACUCUCAACAGGGCGACAUUCUUUCAUUAGCUAAAUUAACAUCUACUCCCAAUCCUUAACUCUCUGCCAGUGUCCGGUGAAUCCAACUGGGAUUUCUAGCAUCUUUGACGUAGCAUAUCACUCUAAUUGAAGAUGGAAACUCUACCAAAAUACGUUUGAGCAGCCCCUUAGUAAGGAGCUUUGUAGUACUAACAGUUGACGGAAGCCUGGGAUGAGGCAGUGGUCCCAUGGAGGUGACUCUGGUUGCCCCCCGGGGCAAGUGGUGACCAUGAAUUGUCCCGUCCUUUCCCCUGCUAUGUUUUUAUGUGGAAUUGGAUGUUUUGGGGUCAUUCUUUUGCAUUGCAGUGUUGUUGAAAUGCAGCGAAACUGAUUUAGGAAAGGUACCUGUAUUUUCCUGGGUUUAGAAAGAAAGACAAAAAUGAAAUGAAAGGCCAAAAUGGUGCGGGAUUUACCAUGUGAGAGCGGAGGGUGUGCCCAGAGCAUGGUGCUAACACAGCGUUUUGAAGUUCAGCUCCUCUAUCACAAACAGCAGCAGUGACAGCGGGGACAGGCUAUACCUGCAAGUCCAGUGGGUUCAUUCUUUUGCUUCUGUUAUGGUUUGAAUUUGGUCAAAGUCUCUGGCUUAAAUUGAGCUACUUCAACAGAAUUCUCUCAACCCAUCUCUUUGUGUAAUGUCAAGCAUGACUGAAUGCUGAAUCCAAAUGAUGGCUAUCCCAUAUUGGCUUUUUUUGUAUUCAAAAAGAAUUGUGUAGUAACCAUUUUUACAUGUAUAUCAUGUGCAGACCUGGACUAUUCCAACAAGUUAAUAUUUUAAUUAAAAUAGUUUGCAAAAACUGA